GGUCUCCGUAACUUCCUUGACAACCCUUAACCUCAUUCAUCAGAUCGCAGGCAACGUUGUGUUGUAGCCUGAAAAUCUCGUAAAAAUUCACGUUAGUACACGUGACAUUGAUCAUAAAAAAAGCACAAGACUUUAAAAUGGGUUUAAGUCCGAUCACGAAACAAAGGAUAGCUAUUGUACUGGACGCGAGCAAAUUUGUAUUUCAAUGGGGCUUUAUUCCCGCAGUCCUCUUUUUAGGAUACAGGAAAGGUGCGGAUCCAGGCAUGCCCGAGUUAACUAUCAUGAACUUAUUGUGGCAAUAAGCUUUUCGCCUAGCACUUCCAUUCCAAAAAGAAAAAUUAUAUCUGAUAUUGCUGUUACAUAAGUAUUUAUUUAAAAUUACUACAUGAUGAUGCAGUUAUCUGAAUAAUGAAUUGUACAUUAGGGAAUAAAUGUUAUGUCAUUACAUGAAAUCUUAA